AGCAAACUCACCCACGUGCCUAUCUCCAUGGAAAUGGAUUCCGCAGGCCUUUGCAACUUUGGGAUGCAAUUACCCGAGGGUUGUGCAAACACAGGGGCUGAAAGGAGAGGAGUUCUCACACCCCCGGGAAAGGUGGUCCUGGGGUCUUCAAAGGCAGCACGGGGCCUGGCGCGUGGCUUCCUAGCGGGCACACUUCAGGGCUGGGUGAGAAACACUUACAAAAGCUGGCGCAGGCAGGCCCCACUCCUGAGGAGGGAGAAAGGGAGACGGGGACGGAGCCAGGCAGGGAGCGCAGGAGUUCCCACCCCACCAUGCUCGCUGCCUCCAUCUUCCGUCCGACUCUGCUGCUUUGCUGGUUUGCUGCCCCCAGGCCCGCCCAGCCCGAGACCCUCUUCCACAGCCGGGACCACUCGGACCUGGAGCCAUCGCCCCUGCGCCAGGCCACGCCCAUCGCCGACCUCCACGCUGCUCAGAGAUUCUUGUCCAGAUAUGGCUGGUCGGGGGCACAGGCCGCCUGGGCUCCCAGCCCCGAGGGGCCACCAGAGGCCACCAAGGGCGCUGCCCUGGCCGAGGCCGUGCGCAGGUUCCAGCGAGUGAACGCGCUGCCGGCCAGCGGGGAGCUAGACGCGGCCACACUGGCGGCCAUGAACAGGCCGCGCUGCGGAGUCCCUGACCUGAGGCUGCUGCCCCCCGCCGCCCCGCCGUCCCCACCGGGCCUGCACCCCAGGGCCCGCCACAAGCGCUUCCUGCAAACCCUGCUGCCCAGGCCAGGCCGACAGCAGGAGGAGCCCCCAGACGGAGGGGCCCUCAGGGCCUUCUCCAAAAAGACCCUGAGCUGGAGGCUGGUGGGCGAGGCCUUGAGCAGCCAGCUCUCCGUGGACGAGCAGAGACACAUCUUCAGACUGGCCUUCAGGAUGUGGAGCGAGGUGACGCCGCUGGACUUCCGGGAGGAUCUCACUGCCCCUGGGGCCACAGUCGACAUAAAACUGGGUUUUGGGAGAGGCCGGCACCUGGGCUGUCCUUGGGUUUUUGACGGCAGUGGACAGGAGUUUGCUCAUGCCUGGCGCCUGGGCGACAUUCACUUUGAUGACGACGAACACUUCACGCCUCCCACCAGUGACAUGGGCAUCAGCCUUCUCAAGGUGGCCGUGCAUGAAAUUGGCCACGUCCUCGGCUUGCCUCACACCUACAGGACGGGAUCCAUAAUGCAACCAAAUUACACUCCCCAGGAGCCCGCGUUUGAGCUGGACUGGUCAGACAGAAAAGCAAUUCAAAGGCUGUACGGUUCAUGUGAAGGAUCAUUUGAUACUGCAUUUGACUGGAUUCGCAAAGAGAGAAACCAAUAUGGAGAAACGAUGGUGAGGUUUAGCACGUAUUUCUUCCGCAAAAGCUGGUACUGGCUGUAUGAAAACCGAAACAAUAGGACGCGCUACGGGGACCCUGUCCAAAUCCUCGUCGGCUGGCGUGGAAUCCCAGCACAGCACAUAGAUGCUUUCGUCCACAUCUGGACGUGGAGAAGAGAUGAGCGCUAUUUUUUUAAAGGAAAUCAAUACUGGAGAUAUGACAGUGACAAGGAUCAGGCUUAUGCAGAAGAUGAAAGAGGAAAAAGCUACCCCAAAUUGAUUUCAGAAGGGUUUCCUGGUAUCCCAAGUCCCCUGGACACAGCCUUUUUUGACCGGAGGCAGCAGUUAAUUUACUUCUUCAAGGAGUCCUUGGUAUUUGCAUUUGAUGUCAACAGAAAUCAAGUACUUAAUUCUUAUCCAAUGAAGAUUACUGAAGUUUUUCCGGCAAUAGUACCGCAAAACCACCCUUUCAGAAACAUAGAGUCAGCUUACUAUUCCUACACAUACAACUCCAUUUUCUUUUUCAAAGACAACACAUACUGGAAAGUAGUUAAUGACAAGGACAAACAACAGAAUUCUUGGCUUCCUACUAAUGGCUUAUUUCCAAAAAAGCCUAUUUCAGAGAAGUGGUUCGACAUUUGUGAUGUCCACAUCUCCACACUGAACAUGUAAUGACAAAGAGGAAACUGGAGACAGUCAUAGGAUUUCUCUUCCAAGAGAAAAAAAUCUGACUUCUUUUACAAAGAAAACCAACCCGUUUUUUAGUAGCUAAAGUGAAUAUAGCUCCCUAAGCUAAAACCCAAUAGAAAAAGCCUUAUUUGAAACUUUCAAAGUACUUGAUUUGAAAAUCAAUUGCUCAGGCAAAAAAUAAUUUACCAAAUGAUUUUACUAAUUUUUUAGGAAAGGUUAAAAAAAACACACAAUUAAACCCCAAGCACCUGGGGGAAUCCCUGACUGUUUCCGCUCUCGGUGGAGCUCUGCUGCCGUCCCAACACCGCCCGCCCACCCGACCGUGGGCACUGGAGCAGCCAGAGCCACGGGCCAAGUCACCACGGAAGAUGCCCAUCUCAACUACAUGGUGGUGAUUUUACUGAGGGAGUCAAUGGGAAAGGUCACAGAAUUCAAAUUACACUCCCAAAUCCCUGUCACAACGACAUUUCUCCAAUGCUUGACAGUGCACAGGUUUUCGCAUGUAUUUGUCUCCUGAUCUUCGCAACUCUGUCAGAGUAGCAGGUCAGAUACUACUGUGCACGUUUCUAGUCCAAGAAACCGAACUUCAUUAGUUGUGUCCUUCCAAAAGCCAAACCUAGUGGUAGCCCUGGGCCCCAUCUCCGCAUUCCCACCCAGUGCCCUCUGCACUUUCUUUCCAUCCCUGUGGUGAUCUCUGGCCCUGCCACCAGAGAGAGGUGCCCUCUUGUCUGAACGCACAGACCUGCAUCCCAGAUGGUCUUGAAGAGAACAGUUUUUCUGGCUGACUAUAAUUCAUUUAGUGUUCUCUUCUUUUUGCAAAGCAGUAAACACUCUAUUUGAAGCUAGUUGGAUAAUUUUAUUUUUCCAGUAUCAGUUGUAUUUAGGAUAGGCAUCAUGUCCCUUUAACUUUUACAUAAUAGAGCUAUUAACUCUUUUUUUUUUUUUCUAAGAUGGAGUCUCACUCUGUCACCUGGG